CCGGAGUCAAGAGGAAGAUAAAAAUAAAAUCACGGGAUGGGGGCAAAGUCACGGGAGGGUCAUGCCCCAGGCAGCCAUCCGGGGUGGAUCUUCUCUCUUUCUUCCGCUCUCCGUCUUUCUCCCUCGUCCAUUCAUUCAUUCCCUCUCUUUCUCGUCUGUUCCCCCCCGGCCUCAGCGCCUCCGACCAUCUCCUUCAUCUCCGUUCUUUUGUCCCUCUCCUUGAUCUCGAGUCGCUCUACAUCCCUGUCGGCCUUUUUCUGCACCCGGCCUCCCUCACGACCUUGCCUUCAUUUCCCGGAUCGUCGGCCCCCCUCGUUCCGCUCGUCAUGAGCUCGCAGCGUUACCAGCGGGUGAACGCCCAUGACGAUGAGGAGGCGCCGCAGUCCCAUUCGUCGAUCCCUCUCCGACCCAACCCAACACCCUCUUCUCCGCCGCCCUCAUUUCGCUCUCGCUCCUCCUCUCCCUCCACGAGACGUCUUCUCCAAAAUGAUCCCCAUGAUAACGGUGCCGAUGAGACCCUCGCCGCGGCGUUUGGCGAUGGCAGCGACUCCGAAGACGAUGACGAACCCGAUGACCGCCAACGACUAAUGCGUGCCCAGCCCGACUCCCAUCCGGUCGCGGAUAGCAACAACACCACAGCGAGUGCCUCAUCAUCGGGCGCUGGCAGCGGAUCACAAUCCUCAGGGGAACAGUCUAUGCCCGCAAUGCAACGGAGACCGACGAUUUUGCCAUCAUUUAAUGGUUCCAGCUCCGGCCCGGGUCGCAUGAUCAGUUCUUCGAACGAUGGCGUCUUUGCGAAUCUGGCGGCGAAGCCUGAGCGAGGGGAGAAGAACGAGGAUAUGCCUCCGUCCUACGAGGAAGCCGCUGCUGACGCCACUCCCCCCUACUGGGAGACCACCAUCGUGGCGCCCGGAAUUGCGUCCGACGAGGUGUAUGUGGAUGGACUGCCGGUCGGAUCGGUGUUCUCGUUUGUCUGGAAUGCGAUGAUCUCGAUGUCGUUCCAGCUGGUCGGUUUCCUGCUCACGUACCUCCUCCACACCACACAUGCGGCGAAGAACGGAAGUCGAGCCGGCCUGGGCCUCACCCUGGUGCAGUACGGCUUCUACAUGAAGGGUGGUAGCGAAUCUCGAGGGGGCGAAGAGGGCUCCGACCAGUAUGUAACGCCGUCCGACCCUAACAGCCACAACUUCGACCCGAACUCGGUCAACGAGGGUUCGGGUGGGGAUGGAGGCAGCGCUGCGGACAUCAGCACGAGUGACUGGAUCUCGUACAUCCUGAUGAUCGUGGGGUGGUUCAUCUUGAUCCGGGCCAUCAGCGAUUUCCUACGAGCUCGACGGCACGAGCAGCUGGUGCUGCAGAGCCCCGAUCGAGGGUUGGGCGUUCCGGUCAUUGCGGAAGGCGAGCGAUCGGAGACUGUUGUUUGAACUUCCUCUUGUUCUCGUAUAUGGAAGCCUGUCUAUAAAUCAUCUCCGGGGGUUACCCUCCCGGACCGUCAAGGUUGGAGCUUCGGAGCUAGGGAGUUUUCUUAUUUCUUUUUUGAUUUCGUGCAUUGAUUUGUUCCUGCGUUGGAUUUUUGGCGAUUUGCGCUGGCAUCCGGAGAGCAAAACCCCGGACCAGCCGGCGAGAUUGCCACGCAUUCAGCCUGCAUUGUAGCUAUUUAUCGGAUUGACUAGGGGGUGUUCGAGAUACCAAAUGUGAGACUACAAUAUCCGCCCGCGCCAUUCCCCGGACUUUGCCUCCGGAUGGCGUGGCAUUCACCAGGCAACCCUAUUCUUAUGCUUAUUCGGGGCAGCGUUACGAACCCUGUGGCU